GCCCGGACUCGAGAAGGAUUUUGCUAGGGUUUUACCUCGCCUUCCGCGGCACCAUUGCCUGAUCGCCUCCACCCGCUUACUCCUCUUCCGGUGCUUCCGAGGCGGAGAGAUCGGCCAUGAGGGACCUCCACCUCUCGCUGAACCAGACCCAGCGGGUCCGCCUCGAGGCGGCGCUCCACGAGCUCCAGUCCCUCGCGCCCGCCGCCGCGUCCGCCGCCGCCGUCACCGUCGCGGACACCAUCCCCGUCAACCAGGAGGACAACAUCCUCAAGGGGCACGGGACGUCGGACCAGGACGGGGAGGUGGUGGCGACGCUCUGCGGGGUGGUGGAGCGGGUCAACAAGCUGGUAUACGUCCGUACUCUCCGGGCGAGAUAUAAGCCAGAGGUUGGUGAUAUCAUAGUUGGGCGUGUCAUUGAGAUUGCUCCGAAGCGCUGGAGGUUGGAGAUAAAUUUUAGUCAGGAUGCUGUGUUGAUGCUUUCUUCCAUGAAUUUGCCUGAUGGCAUUCAGAGAAGGAGAACUGCUGUUGAUGAACUUAAUAUGCGGAGUAUCUUUGAGGAAAAUGAUGUGAUCUGUGCUGAAGUUCGUGGUUUCCAACAUGAUGGAUCUCUGCACCUACAAGCAAGGAGUGAAAAGUAUGGAAAGCUUGAGAGGGGUCGAUUGCUGACGGUACCUCCGUACUUGGUUAAACGAAAGAAGCAGCAUUUCCAUCAUCUCGCACAGUAUGAUGUUGAUUUGAUUCUUGGUUGCAACGGAUUCAUCUGGGUAGGUGAGCAUGUUGUGGUGGGUAAAAAAACUAAAACAACCGAAGAUCAGCAGAAAUCCAGCGAUGAUGCAGAGAAUUUCACCCCACUGGAAACGCGGAAGCAUAUCUGCCGACUUGCCAACGCCGUGCGUGUACUUUCAGCCCUAGGAUUCACUUUGACUGUUGAGCUGAUAAUCGAGACAGCGGAAGCAAGUGCGUCAUCGAAUGUUGAGGUAAACAACAUGCUUGGGGCUGAAUUUUAUGUCCAGACGGCUGAGAGAGAGGCUAAGCGCCGAGCUGAUCUGCUGAGAAAAAAGAAUGGGGCAAGGUAAGUAGGUGAUCCUGGCCACCAGAUUUGCAGAGAACAGUACCUGACAUGUAGUGGUGUCCUAUCUGUAUGAGAAUUGUAACAGUGCCAGGAUGCUUAUCUGACGAUAUCUUCGAGGGAAAAAAAUACGUCAUCAAGUUUUAUGUACCCCUAACAGAGUGGCAAAGAUGUCUGGAGUUCCGCCCCACUCUGGUGCUGUACAUUCAUUUGAUGAGGUGCCAGACUAGGGUCUAGCUGAUCUUUAAUCCGUUUGUUGCAAUGCUUACUCGCCGUUCUUUUGAUUUGCAACUGACGUGUUUGUGUAAUGUUCUUAGUAAGAUGAACUGUGUGUGUAAACAUUUCCAUUUGAGGUCAUGUUACUACACGAACUGUACUCCCCCUUGUUGGCCUGGGACCAAAAACGAAACUAUCUUGUGACCGAGAGAUUCAUUCA